UCCGCGCGGAGUUAAAUCAGCGCUCGGUGGGGUUGUGCAGUCUACCCUUUGCUUUCUCAAAGACACAGUGUUAAGUGCAGUGAAGAAAAAAUGACUCGGUUCUGUUCAUUUUGCUUGUUUACGUUUUGGACGUGUUUUGCUGCGAGGGAACCACCCACCGUUGAUAUCCCCGGGCAGGGGCGCAUCAUGGGGAAGGAAAUCUCCAGAUACAGAUCUCAGAAAAUAAUCGGAUAUUACGGCAUCCCCUACGCACAACCCCCAAUAGACGACCUCAGGUUUGCGCCCCCGGACACCUCCAACCUGGUUUCCUGGGAAGGAGUGCGCAAUUUGACUGAUUACAUGCCUGCAUGUCUCCAAACAGAGAGUGACAUUCGAGAGGAGUCUAAGCCCUUCCUUCAGCUCAUCUACCCUUCGUACAGCAAUCUCACGACAGAUGAGGACUGUCUAUACCUCAACGUUUUCGUUCCUUUCGGCAAGCCCCCUGCCAGCGGCUUCGCCACCAUAAUGUGGUUCCACCCGGGCAACUACACGACGGGUUCGCCCUCCAUGUGGAACCCCCACACCUUGGUGUACCGCUACCGCGUGAUCCUGGUCACGUUCGCUUGGCGGUUGGGCAUCAUGGGGUUCUUCACCACCAUGGACGGGGAAGCCCCUGGCAACUUCGGCCUGAUGGACCAGCAAGCGGCGAUGAUGUGGGUCAAGAAAAACAUCAAGCUUUUUGGCGGAAACGAGGACAACAUCAGUUUGAUGGGUUACGGGACCGGGGGCGUCAGUGUCGGGAUACAUAUGGUCAACACCCAGUCGCGCGAAUAUUUCCACAAAGCGAUCGUCAUGAGCGCGAAUUUUUUGAACCCUUCUGUCAUCAAGUACCCACAAGAGGACAAGAGUUUGUUGGAUCAUUUAGCGAAAUUCUCCGGGUGUAUCAGAAAGCCCACCAGUCGGUUGAUCGAGUGCUUGAGGCAGCUUGAUGGCAAGCCUCUGGUUGAGCAAACCUCCAAUAUCAACUGGAGGCCGCUCCUGGACGCCGGUUUGAGCAACACGACCACGUUCUUGCCCGAGCUCCCGAGGAAUUACUUCGAAAGGGGGGAGUUCCAUAAAGUCCCCUUCCUGACGGGUUAUACCAACAACGAGGAUAUUUUAGCGGUGACCACGAUAAUCGAUGAGUUUGAAACCGGUAACAUCACAAACGAGAACCUCCAAGAGCUACUUUCGGAAAUUAUCAGUAGUGACAUCCCUGUUAACAACAACACGGACUCUUGUGCGAACAACAACGACCAUUUGACCGACUCAGUCAUGUUUUUCUACGGCCCUGAUGCAACCAACAGCGUCAAAGACGUGGAUUCUUUGCGAAAAAUCGUGGGUGACUUCACCACGGAGCGAAGUCACGGCGCUUCGACUUUCCUGCAUGCGACGUACGUCAGUCGGGAGCAACCGACUUUUGUCUAUCGGUGUGACUUGAAACCAGUCACCGAAAAGGCAGUCAGUAGUAUACCGGCGUGGGUGUCAGUCCCGCACUUGUAUGACUUGAUUUACGUCUGGGGGGUGCCCUAUUGGCAGGAGUUCGACGGGAACAUCAAGUGGGAAUUGAGGGAUAAACGCGUCUCCGAGAUCAUAAUGACCUUUUGGACGAGCUUCGCCAAAAGCUCAGACCCCACAAAUGGGAGUCUGUACGCCAUACGGUGGCUGCCGUUCACACAGGACAACCCGCAGCUGAUGAUUCUCGACGGCUCGUUUAACAUGAGCGAUAACAAAGUGUUGAAUUACAAAGCGUUCGAAUUUUGGAAUAAUUACUACCCGAAAGUGCUGCAAAUUGCCACACAGUGUUGCAAUGCCACCGAUGGGUCGUCCCACAUUCAGGCUUCCUACAACGUACCAAUCUUUUCCCAAGUCUUUCUAUUACUUUUACACGGUUUAAAUUGUGCCUUCCUCAUGUAAAAAUUUCAAAUGUUCGGAGAAUUUCUAGGAUGUAGAUAAUAAUAAUUGUCACAAUGUAAAUAGUCGUUUGAUGAUUCCUUAGACUGUGGUAGCUACGACACCUCAACUUUAUCACAACAUAAACAAUUUUGUUUGAGAUGAAGUAGCUAUUUAUAAGUGGUUGAAUUUCAUGUUCUCACGCAUUUAACUACUUAUAACAAUGGUAAUUGAUAACACAAAGGUCGUAUUUUUCUGAUGUAAAAAUUUGCUAAAUAUACUAUGAUAAUUAAAUGAUUCA